AUGCAAGACCUUCUCGAUCAACUGAAUCCCACCCACAAGAUCUCCCGAUCCCUCAAGACCAGCAUCACUCGAAUCCAGCGCUUCAAUGAGAUUGAUCGGCCUGGCGUACUCUCACUAUGGCAGGAUCUUCUCCACACGCCUCGCGCCCUUCCUUUCCACGCUGGGGAGUUCAGUCGCCAGGUGGAGCCCCGAAGUCUUUUCGACAGACGGGGUGAUCGCAACCCGGAUAUUUCGAUCCUUAUCGUCGAUACCAAUAAUGAUAGUGAAGAAGGUCUGCCUGAGCCUGACAACGAACUUGAAGAGCCUUUUUCUAGAAUGAAGAAGAAGUCCAAGGUUCGUAAUGUCUUCGGCAAGAUGUACAAUCCAAUACAGUGGAAGGUGAUGAGAAAGCGAAAGAAUGGCGACUAUGACGGCGACGACGAGUUGAACCAACUUGAUACAAAGCGCACCAAGCGAUUUAAGACGCAGGAGUGCAUUCCUUUCCAGCAGAAUCAGAAUAUUUGA